AUGUCCUCGGUUCCGCCGGAGCAAGUCGAUAGUCAAUAUAAAGGCACGGGGUCAAUAUUCAACCAGCAAACCUCCGCGACCUCCAAGCCAAGUGGGAACGAUGACUCGAAAGCCCCAUUGCCCAAGGGCGUAGUUUUGGACAAAGACGGAAAACCUUGCCGCACCUGCACCUCCGUCGCCUCAUGGCGAGCAUUGACCAAGCAAGCCGACCUCAAAAGCGCAGGUUCAAACUCAACCUCGAGCACUGGCAAAAUGGCAACCUCAACUGCCGCAUUCGCCGCCGCAGCAACGUCCUCCCCCAAGGAAACUCCCUCGGACUGCCCGCCAGACGUCGAAGAGCUAGGCCGCUCAACAUGGACACUAUUGCACUCGAUGGCAGCCACAUACCCUGAAAAGGCAAAUAUGGAACACCAAGCUAAUAUGAGCGGGUUCUUGAAGUUCUUCUCGAAGCUGUAUCCGUGCUGGGUGUGCGCGGAUGAUUUCCGGACAUGGAUGGCGCAUCCGAGUGGACGAAAUCAGCCGAAACUGGGGAGUCGGAAGGAGUUCGGGUGGUGGAUGUGCGAGGCGCAUAAUGAAGUUAAUCGAAAGCUUGGAAAGAAGGAGUUUGAUUGUAAUUUCUGGGAGGAGAGGUGGCGGACUGGGUGGAAGGAUGGUCGUUGUGAUUAA